CCCGUCCAGAUGCCACGAUCUAAGCUUUCAACGCCGCCGGCUAUGCUAGUGGUUCUAUUGUCACUAAUCCUGCUCCAGCACCAACACCAAGUCACAGAUGCUUGGAGCUUGCGCAGCAGCAUGCCGGAUUAUUGCUAUAAGCCACCGCCACGUUCCGAGGGCAUUUGCACCAUCGAAAUCGAGGGCUACUACUAUGACUCGGCCGCCCUCGAUUGCCUGAAGUAUUCCGUGGGAGCCUGUCACCUGACUCCUGGCCAGAGUUUCGGUAGCCAGGAGGACUGCGUUCAAACCUGUAUUCGUGGCGAGCGGAAAUACGGUCACUCGUAUUAUAAUAAAUAAGCUUAAAAAAAAUAAAUGUAUAAAUGAA